AUUUACAAAAUGGAGACAAAUGGUUUAACACCCUGGAACGACUCAGAUCUAGACUUCAGUAGUGAAAUCCUAUCGGCUGAUGAAGAAGAUCAGGAUAUGCAAAUUGAAUCUUUUAAGUCCACUAUCAGAGAGACUCCAGAUUAUCACUACAAAGAAGUUCCUAUUGAAAACCCUUGAAAGAAAGAAAUAGAAUGAAUCGUAUUGACAGAUUCAGAUGAUGAAGUACAAGAGGAUACACAGUGAAGCACCAGGCUCAGCAUCGAUCCCAACAAAGGAACAAACUUGGAAUUUUUUAGUGAAAGUUCAAAAGGUGAACAAAAUUAUGCGCAUAAGAUCAGUCAGGAAAUUAUAAACUCAGCUUUGAACGAAUCCCCUCCUAAACUAAUUUGCACUAGUGAAGACACUGAAGAGGAUGAGCUUGAUGAAUCUCUGUACAAAAACUUCUUUGGAAGCAUCUUGAAGGGUCUUCGAAUCACUAAUCAGUCAAAUAAUCAGCCUGCUUCACAAAGCUUAUUGAUGAGAAGGUUGCAUAGUGUUUUACAAGACCCAGAAAGAUCAAGGAUCCUAGGUAACUUAAUAAAUACAGAAUCAGUUGAAGACAUAGUUGAAGCUAAAAGUGGCUCGCAGGAAAAGGAAGAACUAAAUGCCCACUUUUUCACUGGGGUCGAUAAAACUUAUGACCAUAUUUGUAAAUAAGCUCCGUCCGAUCAUCCGAGGGGCUAAAGAGAGAGUCCUGAUAUGCGUGUACAGCAUCACGCUGACAGGAAUGCUUGACAUUAAAACGCUGGAGGAGAUCAAAGACAAAUGCUUUAUUAUUACAGACCAAAGGCAAAUGUAUAGUAACUUCAUGGAGAAAUAUACUAAGAAGAUUCAUGAGUUAGGCAUCCCGAUAAAAUACAACUGCAUUGGCAAAAAUUUAAUGCAUUGUAAGUUUAUAGUUGCAGAUAAUACACUGAUUUUUGGGUCAAUGAACAUGGGAAAGAAGAGCUUGAUGAACUAUGAGCAUAUAUCAGUUACAAGUAACAAGAAAGCUAUCAGGAAGUUUAGUAACAGGUUUGACAGACUUUGGCACUCAUCUGACUUCAUUGCCUACAAGCCUACAGAUCAAGAGGAUGAUGACAGUGACUUGGAGAUGGAUCUGGCUUGAGAAGAGGAAUUGUAGCUCACCAAGUUAAUAAUUAAUCAAUAUGGAGAUCUA